AUGGCUCCACAAAUUAAAUAUACCAAGUUGUUCAUUGACAAUGAGUGGGUGGAUUCUGUAAGUGGAAAAACAUUUCCCACUACCAGUCCGCAUGAUGGAUCAGUUAUCGCGCACGUCUCCGAAGGAGAUAAGGCAGAUAUAGACUUAGCCGUAGCUGCAGCUAAACGAGCCUUUCACCGCAAUUCAGAAUGGCGUCUAAUGGAUGCAUCUGAGAGGGGUGCCCUCAUUGCCAAGUUGGGAGAGCUUGUUCAAAGAGAUAGUCAAUACCUUGCAGAACUGGAAUCUUAUAACAAUGGAGGCCUUCUGAGUGCCAUGAAGCAUUUCUUGAGCGCUCAAUCCAAAACCGUAAGGUACAUAGCCAGCUUAGCAGACAAGACGCAGGGCGACACCAUCCCAGCAGAUGGUGAACUGUUUUCUUAUACGCUGAAGCAGCCAGUCGGUGUUGCUGCAUUGAUUCUGCCUUGGAACGGUCCCAUAAUGAUUUUUCUAUCGAAAGUCUGUACAGCUUUGGCCGCCGGGUGCACUGUAGUGGUGAAACCAGCCGAACAAACGCCACUGACGGCUUUAGCUUUAGCCGCUUUAGUGGCUGAGGCCGGUUUUCCCAAAGGUGUUGUAAAUGUCGUUAAUGGGUACGGCGAGACUGCUGGUGUAGCUCUCACACACCACCCAGGUGUAGCUAAAAUAUCUUUCACUGGAUCUGUAGAAGUUGGAAAGCUGAUUCAGCAAGCAGCUGGAGUAAACAAUUUGAAACGCGUUUGUUUAGAGCUCGGCGGUAAAAGUCCGCUUGUCAUAAUGAAUGAUGCCGAUUUGAACAUUGCUGUCCCAUUUGCCGCUAAUGCAAUAUUUUUACAUCAAGGCCAAGUUUGUGUAGCAGCUUCCCGACUUUUUGUGCAAUCUGGAAUUUACGACAAGUUUGUAGAGGCAGCCGUUAAGUAUGCUCAAAGUAUCAAAAUUGGUAACCCUGCUGAUCCUACUACACAACACGGACCGCAGGUAGACGAAGUAAUGUUUAAAAAGGUGUUAGGGUAUAUCGAGAAAGGAAAAAAAGAAGGUGCCAGAUGCCUGGCGGGUGGCAAGCGAUUCGGUACUACUGGGUACUACAUAGAGCCUACGGUGUUUGCUGACGUGACAGACGACAUGACGAUCGCAAAGGAGGAGAUUUUUGGUCCUGUACAGAGCAUUUUAAAAUUCGAAACUUUUGAAGAAGUUCUUGAGCGUGCUAACAACACCAGCUAUGGAUUGGCUGCUGGAAUUUUUACCACUAAUAUCAACACCGCCCUGCAGUUUAGUAAACACGUUGAAGCUGGCAAUGUUUGGGUGAACACAUACUUGGCAAUGGGUGCUAACAUACCGUUCGGAGGAUUCAAAGAUUCAGGCAUUGGCCGUGAAAAUGGUUUGCACUGUGUUGAAGAAUAUAUGGAAGUGAAGAGUGUAGCGAUAGCUUUACCUAAAAAACUGUAA